UUUCCCCAACUCAUCACUAAAAUAUCUCCCACCACAUACCACUUAACCCGAAAACCCGACCCGAUCCAUUCCAAUGUCAGGAGCUGCUACCGCUUCCUCCGGAGACCACAACAACCUCCGUCUCCCGACUCCGACGCUUGACGCCGAAUCGCAAACUCUGCUGCAAUCGAUCUCUGCUCAAGGCGGUUACGCCUAUGCUCGCAUGGCGGCGUUAGCGGUGGCCGGUGACCAAAGUGCGGCGGAGGCGGCGCGUGAUAUGGCUUGGGAGCAACUUCACUCUGGUCCAUGGCACUCGGUUCUCCCCGUUUGGCGCGACGCUUACUCAAUGGCUUGUCUCAACGUCGCUAAAAUUCAUUUCGCCGCCGGCGAGUUUGCUGAGGCGCUUGGGGCGCUUGAUAUGGGUCUUAUCAUGGGAGGUAUGCUUCUCCGCAAGGAUCUUCAUGAUUCUGUUUUGGUGGUCUCCUCCGAAGCUCGUAAGAAGACAAAGAGUCUUGAAGAAGCUUCUGGAGAGUUCAUGGGUGAGAAAUUGGUCCCGGAAGUUCCCGUUGACGUCAAUGAGGUGCUUAAGAUUCUACCUUGCAGGUCCUUAACUUGUAGAAGAGUAGAGAAGAGGUCUGGUUUAUCUUUGGAGGGGUUUCUGCGUGAUUAUUUUCUGUCGGGUACACCAGUUGUUAUAACCAAUUCUAUGGCUCAUUGGCCAGCCAGGGCCAAGUGGAACCACUUGGACUACCUCAAUGCUGUUGCUGGUAACCGCACCGUUCCCGUGGAGGUGGGGAAAAACUAUUUGUGUUCUGAUUGGAAGCAAGAGCUUGUGACAUUUUCUAAGUUCCUUGAACGGAUUCGGACCAAUAAAUCGUCUCCAAUGGAGCCUACCUAUCUUGCGCAGCAUCCUUUGUUUGAUCAGAUAAAUGAACUGAGAGAUGAUAUAUGUAUACCUGAUUACUGUUUUGUCGGUGGUGGGGAACUCCAAUCACUUAAUGCGUGGUUUGGCCCGGCUGGGACAGUUACUCCGUUACACCAUGAUCCACAUCAUAAUAUACUUGCUCAGGUUGUUGGCAAGAAGUAUAUAAGGCUUUACCCAUCCUCCCUACAAGACGAACUUUACCCUUACUCUGAGACAAUGCUAUGCAACUCUAGCCAGGUUGAUCUAGACAAUAUCGACAAGACCGAGUUCCCAAAGGCAACGGAGUUGGAGUUUAUGGAUUGUAUUCUAGAAGAAGGUGAAAUGCUGUACAUCCCUCCCAAAUGGUGGCACUAUGUCAGGUCCUUAACAAUGAGUUUCUCGGUUAGCUUCUGGUGGAGCAAUGAAACAGAUUCUUAUAGCUCGUAGCGAAAGGAGUUACUAUUAAUCUCUGUUUCAGGGUCUGUGUCUUAUAGACACAAUCAUGUAAGAUGAAAGUAAGUAGAGAAGAAAACAAUUGCUCCGAGCAUGAAGAUGUUUGUUUGGUUUACGUCUAUGUUGUAAAAGACAAUUGCGAGCUCUUUGGUACAGACAUUUUUUAGGUAUUUCAUAUUUGUAAUGUUUGUCUUUGCUUCAAGUAAGAAAAAGGUUUAAUCAAA